AUGAUCAAAAAAGAAGAAUGUCCAGAUCCAUCUGUUCAUCUUUAUUUUAAAUUAUUUGAUGGUGAUAUACGUUCACGUGAUGUUACAGAUAAAGUUCAAGAUAUUCUUCAUAGUAAUUUACGUAGAUUUGUUCGUAAUCAAUUAUUAAAUCGAUUAAAAGAUCUUACUGGAGAAAAUCCUCAAUAUCGUUUACCAUUAUAA